CAUGCAUUCAUUCAUUCAUCAAAAAAGUGGUACGUUCGGUCCAACACUGUUCAAGAUUCAGAUACUCAUCUUCAUCAACCGAUUUCUCGCCGAGACGUCAAGAGUCUGUCUGACUGUCUCUCUCUCCUUUGUCUGCGUGUCUAGCAUUCAUGCGAAAAAAGUGCCGCUACAAGUGACGUACGUCGAGCCAACGCACGGCGUGGCGUGCAGAAUGCAAUACACGGCAGCACGGACGGAGACAAACUCAUGGCCUCUCAUAAAGAUGAUAAACUCUUCAGAGAGGUGCACUGAAGGAGAGCAACACGUACACACGGGACCACACGACACAACAGAGACACGCACAGCAAAGGCAUGUGUGCAACAACACGCACGUGAUGUCCUCGGAAAAAAUGAGAAAGGAAGACCCACUUAGACCACGGCUUCAUUCACCUCCUCGCUGUUUUCCUCCCCCCUCUCCUCGCUGUUUUCCUCCCCCCUCUCCUGCUGCCUGUUCCGCCGGUAACCGCUCCCUCUCAGGACCCAUGGCAAAAUGGAGCAGGGAGCAGCUCUUUCUCGUUAGCGCGAAAGCACUGCGACCUCCUAUAUCAAGGCAAAACACCAAGAACGACAGAUCAGACAACUGGUGACGAGGGCAAGCAUGAAAGGCACGUAUCGGCUCACGGGGCGGUGGGUGCUUGCGUCUGUUUGCUGGUCUCCGACUUCUCCUUUUUCGCCUUUUCCUUGGACUCGAACAUCUCGAGCUGCUUAUCCAUGUAGGGCGCAUAGAUCGUCUGAAGGAUGAACCGACCAACAAAGCAACCAACCAACCAACCGACAAAGUUUUGUGAGAAAAGUGGCGUGUUGUUGGUGUGUGUCUGCGUACGCCAUUUCUUCUGCCGACGACUUCGAAGGUAACUUGCUGUGACGGGCCAUCCACGACCAUCGCCUGGCCACUCUCAACCUGGACGGACGCACGCGACACACAUUUAUGGGAUUUACUGCUUCGGCGUGUGUGUGUGUGUGUGUGUGUGUGUGAAAUGUGUGCUCAGGUCCUUUCUGGCGUCCCUGAGUGCCUUUGCCUUCUCCUUGUGCACCUUCUGCCGCCGGCCGUUCUGACGCAAAUCCAAUACAUCCUGCACACACACACACGAUGGCGUGAGGGAGGGAGAGACCGACAAAUGGACAUGCAAGGUUGCCUCCCUCCCUCCCUGCCUGCCUGCCCAGGUGUGUACCUGUAGUGUGGAUUUGAUUCGCUCGGAGUAUCUGUCCUUGGCCUUGAGCUCCCUCAUGCGUCUGCUGAAGACCGUCAACAGGCUUUUGCCGGCGUCAGUGGAGUCAAGCUUCCAUCCUGCACCCAUGGCGACCACACGUUGCCUGUCUGUCUGUACGUCCUCUCCCUUGAUGUGUUUGUUUGUUUGUUUGUUUGUGAAGUACCGAUAGUGGUGAUGAGUUCGCAAAGGCACUCGAUGAAGAGCUCCUCUGGACAGUAGGAUGCAUCCGCGCCGAUGAGUGAGGUGACGACCUCUUUGACGGCCUUGGCCGACAGCAGGCGACGCAGAAACAGCUCGCCGAUGAACUUGAUGUCUGAUAUACCGAUCGCAGACAGAUUGAUGAAUCGAUGAGUGAGUGGAUGGAUGAAUGUAUGUGUGUCACAUGAGAUGCCCACUUCCAAGUGUUCGGUCUUUGAGUUGCUUGAGCUUGAUUUCCUGGUCGGCGGGCGAGAGCUUCGUCUUGUCCUCAUCGCUCAACGUCAUCUUGGUCUCUGGCAACCUGUUUCCACACACAAGCACAUGAACCACGUGGGUGUGUCCGUGUGCGUCUGUGUGUGCGGUCACCUCGGUCGCUCACUUUUCGAAUUCAGAUUGGACCUUGUUGAGGAGCAUGUUGUAGAAGGUCCUGCGCCUCUCCUUCUCGCCUGUGAACUCCAGCGACCGCCACCUGAGGAUCUGGCACAGGUCGGCAUAAAUCCCGCUGAAGUUACGCUCAGACACGGCCUGCGUGAAUCCAAUCGAACGCACACGCCGACAGACACAUGCAGAAUAUUCCGUAUUUGUCUUGCGUCUAUGCCACGGACCUUUUCGAAGACGAUACCGACGAAUACCUCGAGCUCCUUUUCAUUCUGCAGCUGCUCGCCUAGCACAGCUGAAAUCACCGCAAUACAGAUAGGCAAGACAUACACUUACAUAUGCAUGCCGUCCGCCAAGCCGGCGGAUCACAUAUCAAGCUGUUCGGCGAUGCUUUCGAACGUAUCGUCGGUGAGCUGGUUGAGCAAAUCGUCGAUACGUGCACCAAGGGGCACCAAAGGCUUAAUGGUCCCCAAGGGGAAAUCGCUGCAAUCACAGCACGCCACGCACACACACAGGAGAGAGGGGGUACACAUGAACACGCACAUACACUCACACAUCGAUACACGUCCAGCUACUCCCCAGUCGGGCGCUCACCUGCUCUUCCUGGCCGCCCGUAAUUCUCUUCCAGGUUGCCGCUCCACGGGCACGUCGCCCAAGUUGGCCAGCUCCAAGUUGGCCAGUUCCUCGGGCGGCUUGUUGCUCACCUACGUAUAUAUGCACCAAUCGCACCUGCGGAAUGAGCAGGCGCCUAUACGAUUUGGUCUCCGCUUACCGGUGGCUUGUGCUGGAGGAGAGUGUCUUUGGUAUAGACACAGCGAGAAGUGUCCUGAAUACAAUCAGCACACAGGUAAACGGCUGUCAGUGUGUGCCGCACUGUAUGUGUGUGUGUGUAUGUGUGUGUGUUUGGUGGCAUACGUUGCUUUCGACAGUGUUGUCCUGCACUCUUGCCGAAGCCUCGGCCAUGUCCAGUCGGCUGUCCGCGUUCUGAUACACAUGCCACACAAACACACGUACACACAGUGGCAAUGCAACGUCCCUAGUGUGUUGUGUUGUGUUGUGUUCUGCCAGUUACUUACCACCGAUAGAGAGAUUCGUUGAGAGCACCAAGACUCCAUCGCGCGCUGGGAAUCCAUGCUGGUCGAUUGGCGCUGACCGUAUCGAUACUAAAGACCGCACAAUUCGCUCUUCUCUGUGUGUGUUUCCUGCCAGUCUCAGCAUCGUCUGUGCACGCGUACGUGAGGGGGGCGCGAGGCAGAUCGAGAGCGCCCUCCUGGUCUAGACCGAGACUGCGAACGCCCGCGAGAGGAGGAGCACCCGUUCGUGCCCUCUGCGAACGUGACAGCUGGCCGCUGCACAUCCGCAUGUUCGACCUCGUCCAGGUAGAUGAUCCGGACCUCCUGGGGCUUGGACGUCAACUCACCGCUGAGACACACAGCCACACACAGACACGCCGAACCUAGCGUUUAUGCAGAACACGUGUUUCGUGCUGUGUGUUACGCCAUGCUCUUCUUGUAUCCCGCAAUGGCGACGUUGCAACCCAGCUGGCGGCACUCGUCGACGACCUCAGAGAAUCAGAGUCUCCUGAACCCCUGACACGUCAAAUGGGGACAACAGCAACAAUGCUCCAGAACAACCUCCAGAGCAGUGCUGAUUGCAGAAUGUUUUGGAUUACAGAAUGAUCCAUUUGAUGCCCCCCUUGACAGCGGCUGACGAAGACAAGAGGACAUGCGUCCGGAUCGAUGCGUGCCGUACAUAUGCUUGUUAAUGCUUGUACCGCGUGCCACUUCAAGAGCCCGCAAGGCUAUGCCGACAUCGACCCCCCGCUGUUUCCUGUUCUCCUUGAAGCCGUAUUUGGUGCACAUACAGAUGCGUUCGUGCGCCAGACCGUUGUGGAACGCUUUCCGCCUGCGUGCUCUCCUCUCAGUGUCGGCAUUGCGACCCACGACGCUCAGCCUACACAGCACGCAGGACUGCAAUGAAGCACGCCACGUACGCUCCUCCCUCCUCCCCUUUCUGUGCUGACCAACCAUUUGUCAGGAUCAGAUUCGUACAAGUACGUCUGCGAUAUCGGCACUCCCAGCAUGUCCUCCACGUGUUUGAGGAACUCGAUGAAGGCCUUGACAUGUAGCUCACAGCCGUGCUUGUCCUCGUAGUCUUCCUGAACAACACACAAUGUCAUCGCAUCCUUCCUUCGUUCAGCAUGCUGAUUCCAACCCAGAUGUUUGCCCCGUCAAAGAUGGCCACAGCUUUGUCCCUGGCUGACGUUGCCAUCCCAACCCGACCGCUCGAAGCCCCAGAUCUGGCCAGAUCGUCG